AUGGGGAGCCACAAUCUCCAGGUUCCCUGCUCUGCACUCUUCCUGUUGCUAAUCCUGCAACUUCUACCGCGUGGUAGAGCAGAUGGCCUCAAGUACAAAGGACCUGGCUGGAAAAUACUCCAUCGCCUGGGUCUAGGCAGAAGCUCCAACACAAGCCUGCAAUCUAAUGUGCAUUCAUGUCGGGGCAUCUUCGACCUCUACUUUAUCUUAGACAAGUCGGGCAGCGUAGACAACAACUGGUUUGAAAUUUAUUCAUUCGUGGAAAAUUUGGUGAAGAAAUUCCAAAACUCAAGGGUUCGGAUGUCCUUCAUUCUCUAUUCAACAGAUGCCACCGUACUCAUGCCACUCACCUCGGACAGACAAGAAAUUCGUCAAGGUCUUAACAAACUUCAGCAAGUGGUGCCCGUGGGACACACAUAUAUGCAAGAAGGAUUUAAAAAGGCAAUUCAUCAGAUAGAAAAUGCCAGAUCGUUAGGCAAUGUUUCCAGUGUGAUCAUAGUUCUAACGGAUGGAACACUGUUGCCAGAUGCAUUUGAGGCCACCAAAGAGGAGGCUCACAAGGCUCGGAAACUGGGGUCGAUCAUUUAUACUGUGGGUGUGCUGGAGUACAACAGAGACCAGCUGCUUGCAAUUGCAGAUACACCAGAGCACAUGUUUGGGGUGCAAAAUGGGUUCAAGGGUUUGCAAAGCAUCGUUGACUCCCUCUCUGCUAGGUGCUGUGUUGAAGCUCGGUCAGUGGAGCUGACAACAAUUUGUGCAGGAGAACCUUAUGAAGUGAUCGUUUCUGGACAUGGUUUUCAGAAUGCAAAACACCCAUCCCUGAUUGUUUGUCGAUUCAAGUUCAACAACAACAUCUUGGAUGAAAAAGCCAUCAGUAUGACAGAGAAGACCAUAGUUUGUCCUGGACCAGUAUUGGAUAAAGCUGGACAGACGGUCAUUGUCCAAAUCAGCCUGAACAAUGGCAUUACCUUCCUUGGGAACCAGAUCAGCUAUUCCAACAUCAGAUGUUGCCCCCUAGGCCCCUUAUACCUGAAGCUGUCAGAGAGUCAAGGAGCCUCCUCCUCCAGCACCACCAGCAGCAGCAACAGAAGGCACUGUGGCUCCCUGCUGCUACAUUCCUUCAGCCUGCCACCAGACAUUUCCAUGUUGUUCACCCAGGAUCCAGGGCAGAGGCACCAGCUUUGCUGUCAUGAACCCCAGCUGCACACAGGUCCCCUGCCCUACACGGAUCUGCCUCCGACCCAAAACUACCAAGCCAAGUAUACCAGAACUCCCUCCAAGAUGCUGCCACUGCUCUCUCCCCAGGCCCGUAAAUCUGGAGAGUUUCCUUAUUGCCCCUACCCUUAUCGUUCAACUUCUGACGGAUCAAAAACCUAA